CGCCAACCCAAAGUAAUCAAUUUCAGUAGAAAUUGGUCUCGCCCUGAAAUAAAAUCCAAAGUAUAAAUCAACCAACUGACCCCCCGCCCCCCACUUGGCCCGAUUCUUCUUCGUUUUCCAUCAUUUCUGCUUCACCUUUUCUUCUUCUCUAUUUCCCCCUCCUCUCUCCAUCAAAUUUCAUGAUCUGAAAAUACACAAUUAUCACAAUGGGUGUCACCAAGACCAUCAUCUCCCCUGGCAACGGCCAGCAGUUCCCCAAGCCCGGUCAACAGAUCUCCAUGCACUACACUGGUUGUCUGUAUGAUGAGUCUCAGCCUAACAACAUGGGCAAGCAGUUCGACAGCUCCCGUGGUCGCGGUCCCUUCAAGACCCAGAUCGGUGUUGGUGGUCUUAUCAAGGGCUGGGAUGAGGCCGUCCCCCAGAUGAGCGUUGGCGAGAAGGCCAUCCUGACUAUUUCUCCUGACUACGGCUACGGCUCUCGGGGUUUCCCUGGCUUGAUCCCCGCUAACUCGACUCUCGUUUUCGAGGUUGAGCUGCUCGGCAUCAACUAAACCCGCUAUAUUAUUAUUCAUUCAUAUAGUGUAGCAGGGUUGCAAUCAAUCAAAUAAAUGGAUAAAAACGG